AAAGUCGCUUCCUCUCGUGCAUUGUUUGAACUUUUCCAUUGCCGUCUCUUUGUUUGUCUUUUCUGCGACCUCUGUUACCAUUUCCUAGCCUCGACUUCGCCAUGGAUGUUUUCCGGUCCUUCUGGAACCGGCGGGGUGCGGCCCCGGGGGGCGCCGCCACCAGCUCAGGUCGUCCCGCGGGAUGCCGCGAGGAGAACUCGUCGGUUUUGCUGCAGUCUCUGAAGGCUAACUCUCAGCAGAAAAAGGGUGAAACGCCUCUGCAGAAUGUGGCCGCUGCGGACUACGUGACGCCCCAGAAAUACCUCGAUGACCCGGACAAAAUUCCCACCUACUACGUGUUCCAGUCUAACAUGGUGACAGAUGAGGAUCUGUUGCCGGGAAUGCUCCGCAAUUUGGAAGUCGACAAACGCCUGACUUUGCCGACGCGUACGCACAUUCGCUUUCUUAUUACCGCCACAGACGUCAUUCACUCCUGGGCUGUGCCUGCGCUAGGCAUCAAGGCUGACGCCAUCCCGGGUAGGCUGCAGCGAAUCAACACUUUCAUCCAGAGAGAAGGCGUUUUCUAUGGACAGUGCUCAGAGCUCUGUGGAGCGCUCCACGGGUUCAUGCCCAUCGUCAUCGAAGCCGUGAGCCCCGAAACCUACGCGGCGCAUGCAAAGAAGUGGUACAAAGACUGAGAACUGGUAUUCAAGUGGCAGCUCGGACACUCGUGAACGACCAGGCCAGAAAGUGAUAAUCGGUCCCACAUUCCGCACAAUUGUGUCCUGUCGUCUCUGGUUAGAGCACAAAACUCUUAUGUGGAGUGAGAAAUGCGCGAGGAAGGAGGGCAAGCCCGCGAGGACGUGGGUGCACACGACCAGGCAACUCUUGUUGAAAAACAGCAUUCAAAGAAAAAUCCUCCGAUUUCGCGGUGACCAUUCGUUCUGUGGUAAAGUGGCCAGAUUGAGACGGUGUGGUGUCUCAUGGAGAAGCCCUGCGGGAGGGCUUCCAAUGUCUCCAGUCCGUAGCAAGCUAUGAUGGGAUGACCGCGACAGCUAGUCACGAGGGUUCAACCUCCUCAGUGGAGUCUUGAACAAAGAGAGAUCGGAAAAGAUCAGCAGGAAACAACAAAUAGUUGCAUCGCAACGUUGGGAUGAACGGCUUGCGAAAACUGCUACGACGUUUCAUAGACGCGCUUUUUCCGGGCUCUGGAAGUAACAUGUUCUGCAAAGCACGUGCAGGAUUUUCUUCGCGUGUCUCCUUUGCUGUUGAACGUUGUCUCGGUCCGUCCGGUUCAUUGUUUGCGUGCGCUGCUUAUCCACGUUUCUCCUUAGUACACAAAUAUCGCGCAUCUGGGAAAUACCUUUGUUGAAGACACUCAAUUACUUCUGCCAAUGUGAUGGCAAGCCCUGAAGAAGGACGGCCAUUUGAGGACACGUGGUAGACUCUCACAUAUUCUUCACUACAUUUCUUCACAG